UUCAUGAUGACGUAACCAGGAAGUGGCCGAGCUUUCGACGAAAUCAAAAUAAUCGCCAGAAGAUGAGUCGCAUUUAUGACAACACUGCGUUAUUAAACAAACCUGUGCAUAAUGAGAAACUUUCCUCCACAUGGGAUCCAGUAGUUCACCAGAGUGGUCAUGGUGUCAUUUUAGAGGGGGCGGUCGUGGAUAUGUCACGCCAUGUCAUAACAGAUGUGAACAACAAAAAGGAGCGCUACAAUGUUUUGUACAUCAAACCAAGCCGAAUCCAUCGCAGAAAAUAUGAUUCAAAAGGAAAUGAGAUUGAACCUAACUUCAGUGAUACCAGGAAGGUCAACACAGGUUAUCUGAUGUCAUCCUUCAAAGUGGAGGCUAAGGGUGAAACAGAUUGUUUAGAUGAGCGCCAACUGAGUGAUAUUGUAAAUAAGGACCAGCUGGUUAAAAUGACUGCAAAACAUUGUCCUGGUCAGGCCUUUGCAUUCUGGAUCACAGAGGCGGAAAUGAACAAAACAGAGCUUGAGCAAGGCCAAGAUAUCCGUCUUAAAACAAAAGGAGACGGGCCCUUUAUUUUUUCCUUCGCCAAACUGGAUGGUGGUACGGUGACAAAGUGCAACUUUGCAGGAGAUGAGAACGCUGGAGCAUCGUGGACAGAGAAAAUAAUGGCUAACAAAUCAGGUCAGGAAAAGACAGGGAAGAGUGUCGGUCAGGGUGAGGGAGCUGACGAUGAAGAAUGGGAUGACUGAAUGACAUCCCUGAGCUUCCAGGAUUGGAUCACAGUGCCUUAUUUGUCUUCCAAAUGUAUAUUUACGCCACAAAACAAGACCUAACAGUCAGUAUUCAUAUGUUACCACAUGAAAACAUAAUAAACAGCAAAAGUGCCAUUUUAAAAUAAAGACUUUUAUGCAUUUUUA